CUACAAAUUACAGAGUCAACUGUCAACAGGUCUAUACUUCAAAAAUAUGGGCUUGGUUUAAAAUUUUUCGACUACAGAGCAUUUGUUCAUGUUUGAAUAAUUUGCAUUAGGUUUUAUCUAUUUAUAUUGAAAGCGAUUGUCAUAAUAAGAUACAUUUUUGUCUCAGUAAAAAAAAAUACGGUUACAUUCAGUUUAUCGCAUUUUUAGCAUUAUAUUAAAUAACAAUGAAUUGGUUGAUAUUUGUAGUAUGUUUGACCACAAUAAAGUCAGUUUAUUCUAUAAAUUGUUACCAAUGUUCUGGUACCGAUUCAAAUGAUCCGUUUCAAUGCAACGAAUAUUUAGAUUCAGAGUCAAGUUUAGUGCCUACAGAUUGUUCUCUAAUUCAUAAUGCGCAAUUUUGCAUUAAACAUGUAGGAAGAUUUGAAGGUUAUUCCAUCGAGUGCUACCAGUGUAACUCAACGGGUGAUAUGGAAUGUGGGGAUGGGUUAAUGAAUUUGGAUGGUGGCAUCCUGAGAGCCACACCCUGUGACCAAGUUUACAAUGCUCAGUAUUGCAUCAAGGAAAUAGGUGGUAUUGGUACAAAGAGGUUUUGUUCGUCACUGGAUUUAGGUAACCAAUGUAAAUAUGUCCAACAGCCUGGAGACAAACUAGAGUAUAGAACAUGUAUCUAUACAUGUACAACUGAUGGAUGCAAUAGCAGUGUAAAGACAAAACUAUCAGCUGUUUUGCUGAUGUUCGCUCUUAUUUUAAGUGUGUAUGAUUUAUUGGGCCAGUUCUACCAAUAGGUGAUACUGUCCCUGAUACCCUCUUUGACAUGUUUUCAUAAUUUUUUUGUAACUUUACUGUCAAAUAAACUGAUUAGAAUAUACAGAAGUUCUGAAACCUGCCUUUAGUUUUUUACAUGACAUUAAUAAUGUAAAACAAAUUCAAGUUUUAGGCAGUAGUAUUUAAAAGUGUUGUAUUAUAAAGUUUUAUGUUGUAAAUAUUCUUUCAGAUAACAUUUUUGCUGUCUGAAUUUUGUUUCUAGCAUUCCACAAUCCGUCCAUAGAUUAAGAAUUUAUUUUUGUAAGAAAACUUGACUUUUAUAUUUUGUUAAUAAAUACUUGAUAUUUA